UUGGUGUUCCGCUGGGGGCCAAAACUUCCCUCAUUAUCUGAAUAAAGAACGAACCCACCGAAACUGUCCACGUUCUCUCUUCCCUGCCCCAAUCCCUCCGCAAAGUCACGCCUCAAGCUCUGCGCUAUGCGCUCCAGGGGUUCAAUCCUCCUCCUCCAACGGACCCGUACCUCAACGCCCCGAUCCGGGUCCAGAGUUGGCCAAACCCGACCGUCCAGCUAGCAUCAUGAAGUCGCUCGUCGCGCUGCUCGCCCAUCUCGUCGUCCUGCAGACCGCUCCGGCGACAGCGACAUGUUACUACCCAAACGGGGGCGUGGCCAAAUACGACGUCCCCUGCGACCCUGAAGCCGAGGUCAGCGCCUGCUGCGGCGCCGUCGGCAUCAACGGCUACGCCUGCCUCACCAACAACCUCUGCAAGGGCGCCGACGGGAAGAUCAUCCGGGGCACCUGUACGGACCAGUCCUGGAACUCACCUGACUGCCCGCAUUACUGCGAGCGUUCGGAUUGGGACAACAACGGCCACGACCUGGUCUCGUGCCAGAAUGUCACCAACAACGACCUGUGGUACUGCUGCAGCGGCGUCGACGACUGCUGCGACUCCGGCGUCGGCCGUUUCACCGUUCAACCGUCCAACCCGCAGACAUGGGCUCUGUGGGACAACUCGAAGAGCGCGUACGUAGUCAAGACGCCGCGCCCGACGUCGACGACGACGACGUCCUCCUCCUCGACGACCUCGAGCAGCGCUACGACCACGGCAGGCGGCUCGGACGGAGCCUCGGCGACGUCAUCGACCCCGGGCACCGGCGGGUUGCCCUCGCAGACCUCGUCGGCAAACAACCAGGCGGAGCCGGUAUCCGCCCAGUCGAGCGGCCUCUCGACGGGCGCGAAGGCGGGCAUCGGGGUGGGCGCGGCGGUCGGCGCGCUGCUCGUCGCGGCGGUCGCCUACCUGUGGUGGAAGCUGAACAAGGUGCAGCGGGAACAUCAGCAGUACGCGGGAGGGGAGGUCCUGCCGCCGACCAUGCCCUACUAUCCGCAGGCACCGCCCCUCAAGACCGAGCUGCCGUCCGAGCCCGAGGCCCACGAGCUGCAGGCCGGCCACUACCCGGCCGGGGUCGAAGCAGAGAUGGACGGCUCCCCGGCGUGGUCCCCGGCUCCCCCGCCCUCCGCUCAUGCUUACAGUACGAGUCCGCAAUGACGGGGCUGGGCUCUUUUUCCCGGCUGGGCGGGCCAGCCAUAGCUGCAUGCAUGUACCGUUGCACAGCGUCCACUUAAUUCUAGUUCACUUAAUGUACAUAUGUGCAUAUGCAGUACGUGUCUGUCGAUCUGUGUGACCAAUGCCAACACAUCUUGUAACCUGCUCCCAAUUACCUUGACCUCGCUGCCACCGCUGUCUACAUCCUGCGCUCACCCACGCGGAAC